AUGCGCAGCCGCCCUGUUUCCCCCUCGAGCACAACCUCGCCCGGUGGGCCCUCGUCACACGGCAUGGUCCGCAAGCGCACGCUCCAAGACGCUCAGCCGCAGACGCCCGGCAUGCGCUUUCCGCAGUCGUCGCCCCAGUCGAGGUCGCCUGGGACGCAGGCCUUCCAGUUCGACUCGUCGCCGAGGACCGACGGCGGCCUCCUGUCGUCGCCCGCCACCCUGUACUCGUCCCCGAUGGCGCGUUCCGCCUCAGCUCAAGCCUCCUUCAGCCCGUACUCGCCCUACGGCGCCGCCAACACGAGCCCGCUCGGCCAGGUCGACGACGACUUUGACCCGCACGGCAAGCCUCGUCGGCCUCGCAUCAAGCGCCGCCGCACGCUCGCCGAUGCGGGCCUGCCGACGCCGCCUGGCGACGGCAAGCGAGAUGGAGGGUCGAACCCGCGAGUCGGCUUUGGCAAGGACGGCGAGGACGUCUGGCCCGCCGAGAUCAACAGCGCUUUCCACUGCGCACUUCGUCUCUUGCCUCGACUCGGGCGCAAGAAGCUCAUCAUCGAGGGCAAGGCCAAAGGGCGGAACGAGCUCAUCGGCGACUACAUCCUGCGCACGACGGGCAAGGAGCGCUCGCGCAAGCAGAUCAGCUCGCACCUGCAGUGCCUCAAGCACCAGCUCAGCCUCGACCCCGAGUUCAUGCACUACGCCAAGGAGCCUGAGGAGGGAGAGGCCCACUUCGAGGGCAACAACGCCGCGCUCUUCUUCGGCGAGGACUCGCCGUACGCUCGGCUCGACGCGCCGAUCACGGCGACGGCCAAGCCCAGGAUCGACAUCUCGGCCGCCGCCAGCCUCGGGCCCUUUUCGCCGUUCGACCAGCCCCUGUCGGCCCUCCACUCGCCGUUCGUCAUGCAUCCGGCGCACGGCGUCGCGACGCCGACGACGCAGCUCGCCAACGCGUUCGAGACGAUGACGGUCCUGCCGGCGGCCGUCCCGCCGUCGUGCCCUUUCCUCCCGACGGACCUGUCGAUGUGGGCCGUCCCGACCUCGAGCUCUCGCCAACACGGACACGUACUCGCGCGACUGCCGCUCGGCGCCGAGCCGGUCGGCAAGACGUUCGUCGAGGACCUCGCCGGCGGCGUCAAGCGGUACCCGAUGCUGCCCGACAUGAUCGAGCGCCAGCCGUGCCAGUUCCUCCACGUCAAGUUGAACCUGGACGUCCCCACCGCCCACGAGUCGAGCGGGCUCGAGGACCAGAUCCACACGCACCUCGCCCUGCACUCGCUUCAAGAGCUCAACCUCCAGGUCAUCACGAGCUUCCACCACGACGGCGUGCUCGCCGCCCAGUUCAUCGACCCGUUGAGCGUCCCGUACCGCCUCGACAACGCCGUCGCCCCGCCGUCGACCUCGCCGUGGGCCCGAUCUCCUCUCGCGAGCUCGUCCCGCCACGCGUACGCCUACGACGUCCCGUUCUCGCCGCAUUGGUGGACGGCCUACCUGGACGAGGACCCGCUCAAGCCGUACGACCCGUCGUCGUUGCGCCACCCGUCGGCGGCGAGCGCGUUCGCCCGCACGGGCAAGUCGCGGUUCGAGCUGCACGAGAGCCUCCAGGGCAUCUCGAUCGUGCAGGAGUUCUUCGUCAGCUUCGACGAGAGUGCGCCGUUGCCGCACCCGGUCGGCGGGCCGGCGCUGCGCGGCAGCGACGUCGGCGACGUCGUCCUCGUCGUCGCGUACGACGUCGGGCUGUCCGAGGGCGCACAGAAGGGCAGCGCCGAGCUGUCGUUCCUCUCGACGCGUCGUUCGCUGUCGCCGCGAGGACCGCGCGUCGCCGAGCGCGGCAUCCAGCCGUCGUAUUCGGCCGCGGGCGGCCUCGCGCCACCCAUGGUCCGCAGCGCGACCUCGCCUGCCCGUAUGGCGCAGCCGUCCUCCUCGUUCGGCGAGCACGAGCUCGGCUCUAUGCUCCCUCCUCCUCUUCCCCGCCUCCCGCGGCAGGGCGUCCCCCCUCGUCACCAAGCGCCGCACCACCCGAACCUCUCGCUCCGCAUCCCCUCGCCGACCCAGUUCGUCCGCCGCGAUGCGCUCGGCGUCCCCGGCGCCGCAACGGCGACGCCUCUCGGCUCUGCGACGACGCCGCACACGCCGUGGGGCCAGAUCGCGCACACACCGCUCGCCCCGCCGCCACUCGUCCAGCACGACGCCGCCGACGAGCGCCUGCAGCACGUCUGGCUCCAGUCGUCGACGGCGUACGACCUACACUCGCCGGCGCUCAUGGGCCUGAGCCAGUCGCCGCCGGCGCUGUCGCACGCCGCACCGGCGCGCGAGCACAACCCGUUCGAGGACCAGGCGUUCGCGAGCUUCCCGCUCGACGACGCUGCGGCGCUCGCUGGGCUGUCGCCGCCUCACGAGGUGCACGUCGACGUUGCCGGCCUUGAGGGCGCCUUUGACGAGGCGUGCUUUGCGGCGCCGGCGGCCUCCUCGGCGGCGCACUACCUCGACGGCGAGCCGCACCUGCAUUCGCACUCGCACCUCGACGGCCCUCAUGCCCACGACCUGCCGACCUACCCGCCCUCGGCACUCGCGCUCAACGCCCUGACGGCCUCGGCCGCCGCGCUCCCGACACCCUCGUUCGACGCAGCAACGUUCGACCCGGCCCUGUUCGGCGACGGCUCGGACCUCUUCAGCAUGCCGCCGCCGCCGCUCGCCGCGGUCCCGGUUCUACAGCCUCCUCCGCCGGCGCACCACCGCCCGACACGCCGCGAGUCGGUCCCGACGCCGCAGCUCGUGCCGCAGGCCAUGUCGGCGUCGUCGUCCAGCUCGGGCUCGUCGUCGGCUGCGUCGCUGCAGAGCGUCGACGAUGCUGCCGGGCCGAGCACGCGCCUGAUGGCUCCUCUCGGCGGUGACCCGGUCAAGGGAGCUGUCGGCGCCGUCAAGAAGGACCCGGUCAGCGCCAAGAAGGCGAACGAGCAGGCCUUCUUCUCGAGCCUCUUUGGCCCUUCCAAAUACGCCCCUUGA